AUGUUCGUUCCAGCUGAGCUGUUCAUCAAAGAUGACACCCAGGUACUUAAACUCAGUAACACGCUUUAUAGCAGACCCAUUAAACCUGACUGAAAACUGAUCUACCUUAGCAAGCCUUUGCGAUGUCCCGAAAAGCAUUGUCUCAGUAAACAUUGCGAACCAACAUUGAUGUUUGCAUAACAAAACAAUUUGCUGUACUGGUGUUAUAAAUGGUUUCUCUGUGAGACUAAGCGAAGUCCAGGGGGGACGAAAGAAAAACUGCCAACGACAAUCAUGUCGAUGGCACUUACGAGCUAAGACAGCAAUGAACCUUUUAAAGAGGGUCAACAAAAAUGCGACCAAUUUGAGAGGUGGCUUUUUUCUCUUUUUUUAUCUUUUCGAAAACGUUUUGACUAUUUAUGUUUUAUAGAAAAUGGCAUCCAAGGGACUGGGGUGUUCGAUCUGUAUUGAAGGUUACAAUGACAAAGAGAAAUGUCCUCGAAUGCUGAGUUGUGGACACAGCUUCUGCUCGCGUUGCUUGGAAAGGUUACUCCGUGGUAACACUAUUGAUUGUCCUAAAUGCAGAAAUCCAGUUGCCGUUCCUUCUGGGGUCCAUGGCCUGUUAAAGAAUUUUGCGUUACUGGACAUCGUGAACGAAACAGCACCCAAACAACAUGCUGAAAAUUUAGGUUAUACAGGCACGCACGAAUGUGAGGCUUGUGAUGAGAAACACCCAUCGAUGUUCUUUUGCUUGGACUGCGAAGAAAACAUGUGCAAAGCUGCGGCUCAGAUUCAUAAACGCAGCAAAUUAAGUCGCGACCACCGGAUUCUUACCUUCAACGAACUGAAAGCAAACCCUCAGCUGGCUUCUGUAUCGGUUCUCUGUCCGGAGCAUAACGAUCCAUUCCGCUUUUUCGACGAAAAUUGUGGUCAUGUUAUUUGUAGAGACUGUUAUGCCCUUAAUCAUAACGGGCACAAGUGUGUAAUUGUAGCUGAAGCUGCUUCAAAAUACCGACGAGAGAUGGAGGCGCUUGUAAGCAAAGCCAGCUUUCAAGCCGAAAAGAUUUAUGCUGCUGAAGGUGGAGUNCAUCCAAGGGACUGGGGUGUUCGAUCUGUAUUGAAGGUUACAAUGACAAAGAGAAAUGUCCUCGAAUGCUGA